AUGUCUUCAAACACGGACAUAGGCUCCGUAGUGUCGCGGGUGGCGGCGAAAAAGGACGAAUGGGCCUCUCUUUCCCCCGAAAGAAAACUUGAAAUAUUAGAUAUUUUAAUGGACAACUUGGAUGCAAACUGCGAAGAGUUGCAGGCAGCUUCUAUCUCUAAACGUGACGGAGAUGGUGGUGCCUCUUCUCCUUCUUAUGCCGCUCUUGAAAGCGACGACUUAUCUGUGCUGCAGAACGCAUCUACUGCUGCACACUGGCUGCACUCAGCAAUGCUGAUCAGCAACUGGCUGGGCAUUCUGAGAGAAUAUUAUGAAUCCAUCGUUAAGACAGGGGCCCCCCCGCAGCCCCUGCAAGUGAAGGAAGCGCCGACCCCUGAAGGAGAACCUCAGAGAUAUUUCGUGAAGGUGGGUCCUAAAGGCCUGCUGCACUCGACAUUGGUAACGUGUGGGUCAAUGGAGCUGAUGGUGGAGGGCCCUGUAGAACAAGAAAUGAUUCAUCUGAGGCCAGCAGGAGUGUCGGCAGUUCUGGGAGCAGGAAACUUCGACGGCCCCGUGGAUUUGUUGACGUCUUUGUUCAUAGAAAACAAAGUUUGCGUCUACAAGGUGAGUCCGUUUAACUCGAAGUUAAUGAAGCCUUUAAAUAAAAUAUUUGCUCCUCUUGUUGAGAACGACUACGCGGCGUUUAUAUUUGGUGGAGUAGAAGAAGGAAUGGCCCUUCUUAAUCACCCAGAGGUGGAGAAGUGGUUUAUGACGGGGGCCGCCUCCAGCGCCUACCGCAUUAUUUGGGGCCAGCCGACUCCUCCUUCGCCUCCAGCUGAGCCAAUAUUUAAUAAACCCAUGACAGUUGAACUCGGAAACUGUCGGGCAGACAGCUCAGGUGGCACGCAGCAGUAA